AAGAGCGACAGAAAUCACGGUUACACCGGGGACCAGUUUACUGAAGUUUCAUUUUCUGGGAUGAAAUUACCAGUUACCGUAGAAUUCAGUGGUGGAGCAGAUUUGUUGUUCGACAAGGUGAAAAAGCAUGAUAUAGAACUGCCAGCCUCUGAAAGAAAAUGGAAAAUACGUAAUCUUUUGACAUACAUCAGGGAUAACCUGUUGAAAGAACGUCCAGAAUUAUUUAUGCAGGGAGACACAGUACCUGGAAUCUUGGUAUUGGUCAAUGAUGCAGACUGGGAACUAUUAGGUGAACUUGAUUAUGAACUUCAACCAAAUGACAGAAUUGUAUUUAUUUCUACAUUGCAUGGAGGAUGACAUUCCUAGAAAUAAGAGUCAUCAGACUUGUUACACAGCCAAUCUAGAACAAUGGGGGUUAAUGGAUAGUGACAUGCUGAAAACAGCCUUAAGUAGACUGACUUUGUUACAAAGUUGAAUUAAGUAAUAAUGUUAUAGAAUUAUUGCAAUGUAAAUUAAAACAAAAAGAACCAAUGUACUGUAUGUUUGUAUGCAGCUCAUGAAAACUAUCUUUUGCUUGGUUUUUAAUGAAUUUGACUUUGAGACUAAAUCACCUGAGUCAUCCAGAUAGCUGAUUGUGUUGUGACUUCUGGCCAAGACCAUAAACUGAAAACAGAAUUACUAAGGGAAUGUGUAGCAAAUCUGUUUCAAAAGUGUGUGUUAUUUUGUAUAAUAUAUAAAGAAAAACACGAGGAAAUUGUUUCAUAUGCAAAUUUAUUUUAAAAGUUAUUUUGACUUGUGUCUGCUGCAGUUUUACGGUGAUGGAGCCAGGCAGUUAGUUGAUCAGAAAGUGAAAAUAUGUUUUGAUUAAAAUGUUCCUUAUUCCCAGCUGCUCUAAAAAAGAUUAACUUUGUACUGUCAACAUAAGAGUCACUGUCAACAUAAGAGUCACAACCCAGGGGACAUUAAUUUCACAAUUUACGUACUUAUAUUCAUUAGGCCAAAUAAAAAAUUAAAGAUCGGUUCUCAAGCCCCGCCGCAUUCAAGUUUACCCCGCCGCAUUAAAUAAUUUUUCGGUAAAAUUGAUCAAAAUAUUCCGGAAAUUGUUAGUUUGUCAUGACAGGUUUUAAAUUUAGAAGGCCCAGAUCUCUAUCAUUAAUGCGUUUUUGAAUACAAACUGAGAUGUUAUAAGAUUCCGCUGAAAAUAGACCUAGACUAGUGGAAACAUGUUUUGAUUAUCAGUCCUGGUACUGUAACUUGUGGUCCCAAUGUUUUGAUGUCAUGAAGCACAAUUGGCAAUAAAAAAGUUCCAACAUA